ACAGGUCGAAUAACACGUUGGGGACAAAUUGCGUAAGGAUUAUUCAAAUUCAUCCUGAUCGACGCAAACGUGCCCGUAAAUCGAUCCGUGUUCUCGAGGCUCUCGGAGCGUCGUGCGACUAUCUCCUCACCUCAAGCCGCUUCGAAACUCCCGUGCAAUUCGUCGCGGUGACGUCACCCGGACAGUUCCGUGGGAUGGCCCGUGCUUUCCUGCCGUGCACGGUUCGCGACACGCCGCGGUCUUUCCUUCCUUUUUCCUCGCCAUAAAAAGCUACCGAAAUUGUACGCCUACGAAAUGAACGUGGAACGCUAUGGAGCUCGUAACACCGAGCGUUGUGACAUCGUGUAGACCUCCACGAAUGAUCAAGUGAAAAAGAAAAUACUCUGCUUUCGUUGGCACCAGGCCGAAAUCUCUAGAAAGGAGAAAAAGAGAGAGAAAAAGAAAUUGAGAGACUGGUGACCCGGGUGCAAUGUCGUAUCACCGUGGGGGCCAGGCGGGCGCCGUAGCAGUCUCGUACAGCACCAGUCCAAUGGCACCGCAUUCUCCUAGCAGACGAUGUUCCAGCGGUAGCAGCGGCACCAGCAGCUCCGCUAUCAACAGCUCCACCUCAAAGCUGAACACCUACCGAUCUACUGGUUCCUCGUCGAUCCUAGAUCGACCCACAAACUUCUACUCUUCGUCGGGCAGUUCGGGCUACCGUUCGAACUACACGUCCGAGUACAGGCGAUCCUACUGCCCGUCUGGCAGUUUCUACUCGUCGACAAUGACGGGCACGAGCAUCCGCAGGAACUACAUGUCGGAGUACAGCCGGUCUCGCUGCUCACCCGCAAGGUCAGUUUCGUCGUCGGCGUACAGCAAUACGGGCAGCGGUAACACGGGUACGAAUGUGACAGUGAACGGCACCAGCAGCAGCGGCGGUAGAUACGGCUUGUCCACGUCGUCGUCCUCGUCGAGCAUCCCGAUAACCGGCUCCUCGAGGGACAGAGUACAGGAAUUGUCGUCGUCGUCCGCUACCAGGCACGAUACAUCGGUUAGCAGAUCGGAUCUCAGCAGGUAUUCACCGGCCGGUUACAUCCCAACCAUUCGUCAAACGAGCAGCAAUACCGCUGGCUCCCAUCAUCAUCAGUGGAGGCAUCAUUCUACCGGUUCCUCGUUGACCGAGUUGUUCGGCGGUGACGAGCGUGAAAUCGAGCGCAGCGUCCGAGAUCGGCCGGAUUCCUCGCUCUCCUCGUCCUCUUCGUCGUCUUCCGCCGCCACAGGCGGUACACUCUGGUCCAGGUCGAAGAGAAAGCCACUGUCCAGCAGCACGGUGCUCACCAGCGGGCAUGUUCGCGCGGACAGUGCCGCGUCGCCUGGCGAGGUAACGAUCGACGAGCGCGGCAGCGUCCGCGACAUAGACGAGGACGACGACGAGGACAAUGACGACGACGACGACGAUGACGAGGACAAUACCGACGACGAUCAGCACAACAACAACGGGAAUGGGAGUAACAGCAACGUCGAGGAUGCCUGCGGCUAUGGGAUUAACAACAACGAUAACGACGACGACGAUGACGAGGACGGCGACAGCAACCUGAACAACCGCCAUCACCACCAACGCGUUGGUCUGCUUCAUCGAACCGACGAGGUCUCACCCGCUAAGCGUAACCUAUUGUCGCCUGUCCCCGGUGGUGCUGGCGGUGCUGAUUUCAUUGGUGUUAAACUCGACCUGCUCACUAACCUUGCUACUAAUACGAAUAACGCCACCGAAUUGCUGAUUAACAACAACGGCCAGGACAAAGUCGUGGACGACGUCGAGAUCGAGGCGGAAAGCGAGGUAAUACGGGGCAUAGACGGGGCCGCCGCUUCUAUCGACGCGACAGCGUCGUUCCUUCAGGGUGGUCGUACAGCAGGGGAUCCAGAGAUUCUAGAGGACGGCGGGGAUCAUCAUCAGCAGCAGCAGCAGCAACGAAACGCGUCUACCAGUUACGAUAUUGAUCAGACCGGCUUCGGGGGCGGUACCACGCCCCCGGUAUUGCAGAACGGUGUGGCGGGAAGACCUUCUGGUACCUAUGGAGAGGACCCAUCCGUGCCUUCUACCUCGAGAAGACCGGACGGUCAUUUCUCGGGAAGCGCGAACACUGCCAGUAAUCUGACCUCCUCGCCUACUGCACCGUCCUCGGCGCAUCAAAAUCUCUACCGCGGGGUCGCCGAUCAGUUUGAAGGAAGCCCGACAAACAAAUCAGCGCGUAAUCGGCUGCAAGCGCAUCGCGAUGAACGAUGUGGACUAAACGGAUUACGGAAUAUUGGAAAUACAUGUUUUAUGAACAGCGUGAUCCAAUGCCUGAGCAAUACGAGACCGCUGCUGGAAUACUUACUGAACGAGCAGCACAUGGCGGACAUAAAUACCACUACGUCCAGCAUGAAGGGCGCCCUCAUCAAAGCGUUCAGCCAGGUGAUCCACGAGUUGUGGGAGGUGGGCGGUGACCACGUGGUGAACACGACGGCGCUCAAGUCUCAGAUCCAGAGAUUCGCGCCACGUUUCAUGGGAUACAGCCAACAAGACGCUCAAGAGUUUCUCAGAUACUUGCUGGAAGGACUGCACGAGGAUGUGAACAGGGUGACGGUGAAGCCACAGCCAAUACACACGGAUAUUCCUGAGAUGUUCACGGACAGCCAGAAAGCUGUAGAAAGUUGGAAACGUUACCUCCGCAGUGAAGACAGUAUGGUAGUGGACGUAUUUGUUGGUCAAUUACGGUCUUCAUUGCGCUGCACCUCCUGUGACCAUGUGUCGGUAACGUUGGACCCUUUCUGGGACUUGAGUUUACCGAUACCGGCUAGAAAUGGCACGGUCAAGUUAAGUCAGUGUUUAGAACAUUUCACGCGAGAAGAAGUCCUGGACGGCGAUGAAAAGCCAACCUGUUCCAAGUGCCAGAUGAGGAGGAAGUGUACCAAAAGCUUCAGCAUACAAAAGUUUCCGAAGAUUCUCGUUAUUCAUUUAAAACGUUUCUCACCGAUGGAACGGUAUCGCGGCAAGCUAAAUGUAAUGGUAGACUUUCCAUUGACGGGUUUGGAUCUCAGUGCCUUUGCCGCUCCCCGAGUUCCGGGCUGUACAUAUAAUUUGUACGGUGUUGCAAAUCAUUCGGGUACGACGUACUCCGGCCAUUACACGGCUUAUUGCAAGCAUCCCUACUCAGGAGAAUGGCACGAGUACAAUGACAGCCGGGUGUCCGUAGUUCCAGCGCGAUCGGUCGUUUCCAGCGAAGCCUACGUGCUGUUUUAUGAACAGCAGCCUCACAGCUCUCACUUGUAACCUUACGCCAUGCCUAGAGCAAACGACCAUCUUGCCUCUCGAUACCUCAGUCCAGCAUAGUAUAAAAUGAAAGAAACAAUGUACUUUAUCGUACGGUAUUGAAAAGCGACUAAACACUGAAUGACAAACACAGGGACGGUCGAUCAAACGGUGCGUGUAUUGUGUGAAAUUGGCGAUAAUCAUGUAAAAUUUAUUUAUUCUUCAAAGAUAGAAAAACUUGACGGUGUCAGGAAUGUCCCCCUUUGGCUUCUUUAGAUAUCAGACAUUUUAGUGCAUUUUUUUCAGAGGGAGGAUGUAUCAAACAGACUUAUGGAUGCAAAGAAAGAUUAAUUACGCCUCUGGAUAUGAAGAAAAGGCUUGGCAACUAGAAUUUUGGCCAAAUAACACGAUCAUCUUGAAUUAUAUUGUAUUCUUUAUAGAUACCUUUUUUUUUUUAUAUGUGCUUUUUUCUGUCUCCUCUUUAGAUAGAUUUAAUUGUGAUCGCGUAUGUUUGAAGAAAAUGCAUAUAUAUACUUUGAUAUC